UCUAUUAUAGGCUAUAGCAGCCGGUUGUUGAUCGGCCUUUUUAGCGCUACCUGGCGGAAGGCGCGCUAACCAAAGUGCCGUCUGAUUUGGACUCACUUCUCGGCUCGAGUGACUACACCGUUUUACCUACAUCGUGGACCGGAACGAAACGUUCGUUUACUAUUAUCUAUGAUGUGAAUAGGGGUAGGUAGCACGAGAAAAAAAUAUACGACAGUGUUCAAUGUCCGCACGUUUGCGCAUGCGUAUCAAAUCAAUCACAGAUCGGUCCGCAGCUAGUGCCAUAAUUUUGUCGUGAUCAAAUUAUUCAGCUUCAACAGGUGCGAAGUGACACACGUCCGACUAACCAACACCAUCGGAGUGCAGAUUAUCAUUAUCAUCUCCUACAGCAGCAAUCUCUUCUCCACAAAUGCACCGUAAAUUCAAAACAGGUGAUGUAGAUACCUGUAUCCAAUCACCUAAAAGUGUUCAUAAUGAAGGAAAUGUAGUAGUAUCAGAAGUAAUCGAAUUGUUAAUUGGUUCAACAUAUUAUAAGGCCCAAAUAAAUCAUAUAGAAACAAUAGCCAAUGAUCCAUCCAUGAAUGAAGACUUAUCAAAAAGAAAAUAUGUAAGUUUCAAAUGUUCAAAGCCCUCUAGAACUUGUGAAAUUUGUAUUGCAUUUAGAAAAAAAUUGUGUUCAGCAUACCACUUAGUUCAUCCUGUAAAUAAUGAGUUUGUAACUAAAAAAAAAUGGAUGAAAUGUAUAAAAAAAAAAUUUAAAGGGGAUAGGCAUUAUGGGUUAUAUAAAGAAAUAGCCAAAUAUUCUAGCUACGACUUUGAAGUUGAACUAAGAAAUAUUUUUGAAUAUAAUUACCAUUUUAAGGCAGAAGACGAAAGGCAUCGUGAUUACAAAGAAAGAAUAAAAAAGAAAAGUAUAAUGGACAGCAUUAUUGAUACCAAUUAUUGGUUUACAUUAAUAACCAAGAUAAAUAAAUUAAUAUAAAUAAUAACUAAAUUCAAACUUGCCAGUUAAAAAUAUUGAAAGUAGUUUCAAAAACCAAGUCAAAUUAGUUUGAAUCAUUAAGAAUCAUUAGUCAAAAAAAGUUUCUAUUAAUAUUCGAGAUUAUAUCAAGACAAAACUUCCUAGUAGAAAAUACUUCAAAUAGUCUUAAAAUAAUAGUUGAAAAGCUUAACUUAGAAUUAUGUGCCGGUGAAAAGAUAAAAUAUUUCAGUGAUAAUAAAAAUCUUUUGAAAAAAAGUUUUUUAAACUCAAUGGGUAUCCGUUAUUUAAAUUUAAAUUCUGUAGAUUCUCAAUAUUUGGAGAUGAUUUUGCAAGUUUUAAAUUAAGAAAUAUUUAUAAAAUAUAUGAUAAAAAUGUUAUAAGCGAUCUACACAGAUCUGAUUAUUCAAAAGUGGUCAAAAUAAAAAACUAGUAAUAUCAGAAUUAUUCGAAUUGUUAUUCGGCUCAACUGUUCAUAUGAAAAGUUCAA